AUACUAUUAUUCUACGAAUCGAAAUUGUCGCCGCUGUCCCUCCCCCACCCUCUCUACCCCGGCCCCAAAAAAAUAAUCGAUCACGGUUGUUUUAUUUAACUACAACCACGUAUCAUUCCCGUGAACGAAAAAUCACACGCAUCGAAUCGUUUGGCCACCUGUGCGUCGUCCACGUUUUGCCAAAACUACGUCAUCGCGAGCGCGCGCUGUAUACGCGCGGUUUCGAAUUUUCCCGCCCUCCCUCCUUCCCUCGCUCAGGCUCACUGCAACACGCUUGCACGAUCUACACCUACACGUACCUCUACAUCCGCGUACACCAUCAUACACGCGUUUUCCAUCUCUGUCCGAACCUCGCGCCAACUCGUUGUCCUCUCCCUCCUGAUCCCGCCGACUCCCCCAUACAAUGUAUACACACGCGUGCACACAGAAACAUCGCGGCGUGUACACACGGUACAAAGACAGAGACUACCGUGCCGGCACCUACUAACGGAUAAGUGCUCUUCCAACACCGAUUAAAACACGCCGCCGGCUAGACACGUGCCCGCUUCUAAACUCGUGUGUGUUCCUAUAGUAAUAGUACUGCGAUAGCUGAGGUCGAGAGAGAACGAACGAGAGUCAGCGCGCUGCCGAACGAUACACGUUUCCCCGGUGUGCGAAAAUCGCGUCGCCGUUGGUCAUCUUCGUGGAGAACAGUGUUCCGAAAACGAAAAAGAAAAGAGAAAAAUACGAACGGUAUUAGAACACGAAAGGGAUGUCACAGUCGGGGAAUCGUGAAGAAAUCUCGGCGAACGGUACGAUCUCUUCCGAAGAGAAAAGAAAAAAAGAUAAAAGGAAGAAUAGAAUGGAGAAACCAGGGGGGAGGGGAAAUUAAAAAAAGAAAAGAAAAAAAAGAAAGAAACGGGAGAACCGUGAAGAAUCUCGGUAUCCGUCGGUGUGAUCGUGUCCGCUUGGACGAUUUGCAAAACCCGAGAAAGGAAAAAGUGUGUGAGAGAAAGAGUGCGAGGAGAGAGGGGGAGGGGGGAAAUCGGGAGGAAGAGCAAGCGAGAGGCGUAGGGAAGUUGGUAGGGAGAUAGAGACGGAAAGAAAGAGACGAAACGUGUGCGAGCGAAAGAGUUAGAGAUCGCGGCAUAAGAGCGAGCGAGGAAGAGAGAGCGUGCUGAUCCGCAAAAUACGGUCUCGUUACACUAUCGUCGGUGUUGGGUCAUCUAAUCGCCUCUGAAAUUAUCGUCUCGCCAGUACAGAGUGACGAAACACGCUCUCUCCGGGAGCAAUCAGUUUUCGAGGGUACUGGUUUCGUGGUGCUUGGACGAUCUCGAGCCGCGCGGCGCAGAGUCCUUCGGAUGCUGAUCGUUCUGAUCGUGGUUUGUUACCGAGAGUCCGUGUUCCGUUUCGUUUUCGUGUGUCACGUUGAUCGUCGCCCCCUUGGUGUAUACACACACAUACAUAUACACACAUGCAUACAUACACCCACACACACACACAUAUAUACAAGCGGACUCGUUGUCUGGUCCGACCGAUCGCUACCGGGCCUGGUCAAGGUGAACAUUGCUGACGGGAGGAGAGAAAUUGCGCGAUGAUCGCGGUGCUCGUGACCGAGAGAGAACGGCCCUCGUGAGAUCUCAGCCAGCGAUGAUCGUACGAGAUUCGCGACCGUGGUGCCCGUGAGACGGUUCCGAACGUCUCAUUCUACUUAAACGUUCUCUCGUGCGUUUUCUUGUGUAUACGCGGUAGAGUCGCAAUGCUUAACGUGAUCGAAUGCCGGUCGACGUCGAUAUGUUUGGUCGUGCGGGUGUUUGGAUCGGUUCGUUUGCAUCGACUGCGCGAUACGUGAACGAAAUCAGUGAUCAGUUGUUCAUCGAACGCCAUCGGUCGAUCGUGUGCCAGCGAACAACGUUCGUGGAAAUGGACGAUCCUCGUAGUACGUUGAGAAAGAGAGUUCUGUUUCAUCGCGGUUGUUCGAGUGUUCUUGUCGCUGUUCGAUUGAACGACGCCGACGACGAGGAAGCGCGCUCCACGUCGUUUGAAUAUCGUGUUGCGCUUACGCUACCUCGGGUCUCGUGUUCGCGUUAAAUGUCCAACCGGGAGUUUCUAGCUUGUAUUUCGUAGCGAUGAACGUUUCGAAGCGAGGCAUUGUACUCGGUGAUCUCGUGGAUCGUUUCGUCUUUGGGAUAUACGUGCAAAGUUUCGUACCGUCUAAAAUCUGACUUUCGCGCGAAGAUACUUGUUCCAGCGAGUAUUAAUCGUCUACUUAACUCCGCCGGUGUCGAUCGUUGGACGUUUAAUGUUUUCGAGGAGACGAGGAUAGUGCGUGGUGCAUCUGACUGCAAGGAGUCUCGAAACAACCUUCUCGAAACAACCUUCUCGAUAAAACCUUCUCGUGACCGGUAAUUCUCUUCGUUCGCUCCCUCCAUUCGAUCUAUGAAGCGUCGAAUUGUAAUCUAGUUUCGCGAAAAAAAAAAUACAACGAAGAGGCAGAGAAAAAAAAUAUGAACGAAGAGAGAGAGAGAGAAAGAAAAGGUGGGAGAAAGAGAGAGAGAGAGAGAGAAAGCUAUCGAGCGUGGCAUGAGCGAACGUUAUCUCUGCUGUAGGUUUAUCGCGAUAUUCCUCUUUGGCGUCGUCAUCGAAACAGGAUCAUUUUCGCCGGUUGACAUGACGAGGAUAUCGCCAUCGGUUGGUGAUCCCGGAUCGUUAUUGGACAGUAUAAAGUCAAUCGCGGCGAAUAACACGAUUGGUUCUCGUUUAGCUCCGCUAACCCGGCUCCCCGACUUGGACCAGCAGGACUACACAUGAUCGGUCUGUGGAACUUUGCUUAUUUCAGAGAUACUGGCGCGCCCUACGUAUUAUACAAGGACAACAUGGAGAGACCCCAGGGGCAAUGGGGCCCCGGGCCGGGAUCUCUCCAGGACGGGGGACUGUACCCGCAGCAACAGCAACAACAGCAACAGCAGGGCUCCUCCUCGUCCGGCAGUCCACAGCAGGCCUGUGGUCCUCCUGUCGAGGGAGAAAGCGGUCCCCCGCCUUCGUUGGCCUCUCCCGUGCCCUCACCGUACCCCUCGGCACCGCCUGAGCCUCAAGCCUUAACCCCACCUGACGACGAUAUACAAUCGAAUCAAGCCACCUCUCAGCAGCAACAACAACAGCAGCAGCAGCAACAACAACAACAACAACAACAGACGCAACAGCAAGUUCAGCAGCAGCAGCAGCAGCAACAACAGCAAGUUCAGCAGCAACAGCAGCAACAACAACAACAGCAGACGCAACAGCAGGAUCACUCGCCUCAACAGCAACUAACGCCUCACGAGGUGGAUCGCAGCGAUUGCUUCCCCGGCGCUGGAGAGUUGCAGCAAUAUCCACAGCAUUAUUUCAAAGAUGCCAGGCCGCAUCCCUCGCCGUCGGUACCCCCGCACAUGCUGACCCCCGGUGGCUUCUCCGCGUUACACUAUCUCAAGCAACCAGGCGUCAUGCUGACGUCCCUCGGCCAAGGUGACGGCGGACCCAGUUUGGAUGCUCACCAAUACGCAAGUCCCGGGGCGCCGAACAUGGCGACUGGGUUGCCGGAUAUCGUGCAACAGAGCGGCAAGUCCGGGAAAGGGGCGAACAGCGAUCUACGUUUGUUCAAGUGUCUGACGUGCGGGAAAGAUUUUAAGCAGAAGUCGACGCUGCUUCAACACGAGCGGAUCCAUACGGACAGUCGGCCAUACGGGUGUCCAGAAUGCGGGAAGCGGUUCAGGCAACAAUCGCAUCUAACGCAGCACCUGCGCAUACACGCGAACGAGAAGCCGUAUGCUUGCGUGUACUGCGAGCGUACGUUCCGGCAGCGUGCGAUCCUCAACCAGCAUCUGCGCAUCCACUCGGGUGAGAAGCCAUACCAAUGUCCGGAGUGCGGAAAACACUUCCGUCAGAAGGCGAUCCUGAAUCAGCACGUCCGCACACACCAAGACGUGAGUCCGCAUCUGAUCUUCAAGAAUGGAAUGACGCCAACACUCUGGCCGCAGGAUGUUCCAUUUCCACCGGAGGAGGGCAAGGAGGAGGUGGCAUCGACGUUCGGCGACACGGACACACAGUCGGGCGCGUUCAGUCCGGCGCCGGACGCGAAUUCCAUCCAGUAUCCCGCUUACUUCAAGGACCCGAAGGGCGGGAAUCACGCGGUUUUCGGUGCCGGCGGCGCAGGUAGCUUCGGUGCUCUGCAGUAUAUCAAGCAACAGGGCGGUAGUAAGAGCUGUUUACCGGACGUGAUACAGCACGGUCGCUCCGCGGGGAUGCCGUUGUACGUGCGAUGUCCGAUCUGUCAGAAGGAAUUCAAGCAAAAAUCGACGCUGCUGCAGCACGGCUGCAUACACAUCGAAUCGCGACCGUAUCCUUGCCCGGAGUGCGGCAAAAGGUUCAGGCAACAAUCGCACUUGACCCAACACCUUCGCAUUCACACGAACGAAAAGCCGUACGGCUGCGUUUAUUGCGGCCGCAACUUCCGUCAACGUACCAUCUUGAAUCAACAUUUGCGCAUUCAUACCGGCGAGAAGCCGUACAAGUGUCAACAGUGCGGCAAAGAUUUCCGUCAGAAGGCGAUACUGGAUCAGCACACGCGCACCCAUCAGGGUGACCGGCCGUUUUGCUGUCCGAUGCCAAACUGCAGGCGGCGUUUCGCCACCGAGCCAGAGGUGAAGAAGCACAUAGACAACCAUAUGAAUCCGCACGCGGCCAAGGUGCGUAGGAACUCGAGCAGCGACUCGAAACCACCCGGUACACCGGCUGGUUUAGGCCCUGUCCCUGUACCUAGAGGUCUUACGCCGACGGUGGUGAAGCCGGAGCUCUAUUUCCCGCAAUGUUACGCGCCCGCGUUCAAUCAUCAACCGCCAGUGUCGACGGCACAGUUCCCGGCCCAGGCGAACGGGGUAUCCGUUGCCGGCGAAUUCAAACCACCGACCGGUCUGCCGCCGCAGUGACUAACCGUCCAUCCUGCCGCCUACUAGCAAGCAGGAAUACCGCUGAGAUUUCAGCGAUGCUUCGGUCACGCGUUACAAACCGACGCCGUCGCCGCCGCCGCCGCCGCUUCAACGACGUCGAGUGCCGCGUCGCACCGAUGCAGCCAGCCGAUCCAGCAACACUACCCGUGACAUUUAUCGUGCAUUUACUAGGCUCUUUCUUUUCGUUUCGCAGUUCGCUUACUUUCCUCGUUCCAUUGCUUCGCACAGCCUCGGAACGCGUCGCCAGCUAGUCCUCAGCUCGACGGUGAUCGACACCGCGACUCGUUCUUAGCUCUUCGAUCUAUCGUCUCUCUUCGUUUUUGUAGUUCGAUUUCGAGUCGAGAAACGGACUGUCCGCGUGUGUGUAUACGUGUGCGCGUACGUUUCGGUACAACACGUUCGCGUACGUCGAUCGUUGAACGCGUUUACUCUUAUUACCAAUAGACUGUACCCUCGUCCGACUAGUGUGGUCCGUUUCUACUUGUGCGGUCUCAACCUGCUAUCCUUCGUUACGCGAACCAAUCGUAAGUAAUCGCGAAGCUCGCCAGCAACCACAACCUCACAAUGGCAACUUGUUCUUCUUUUCGAUCACUGAUCAUCGUUACCUGACGAAUAUACCGCGAUUCACCGGAAGCAACCGACCGAGACCGUGCAUCUAUCGCUGAUGUUCUACGCGAUUGCGUUCUAAACGCAAGAUGGAAAUAAGAGUAAGGGACUGUGUUAACUGACACGAACCGAGUCACGAACAAACGAGCUACGCGAUUAUAGAAAGGGGUUCGCGGAGAUACGGAGGUUUGGAUCGUGCAGGAAGGCAAGAGUCGUUGUGUCGUUCAUCGUCGAGCUGAUCACUGGCGCCAGAAAAAUGGUGACUCAACCAACGAAGAAUCUCGUCUAUUCCCCCCCCCCCCAUACGUAUUUUUUAUAUAUUAAUGAAUUAACGACGUACCUUCUCGCGUUUUUUUCGUCGAUAAGCGAAUAGCUCGAGAGAGUUCGGUGGUUCCGCGCGCAGGCAGGCAGGCCGUCCGAGGUGUUGUUCGUCACACCGCUCACACACACACACACAAAAAACACGCAUACACAGACACAGAGACAGACAGACACACAAGCAACAAGUAUACGUAAAGCGAAACUCGUAAUCGAGACGUGUUUCGGCUAACACACACGGGUUUGAGGAUGUUCGAUUCGACGACCAGAUUAGAAGCAAACAAAACAAAAAAAAUUGAUAACGAUUGUGAUACGAUAUCUAACUUGCCUAUGUUUAAAUGAAACAAAAAGAACAAAAAGAAAGAGAAAAGGGAAAGGGAGAAGAAGGAAAAGAAAGAGAUAUAGGUGAUGGGAGGAAGAUACGUUGCCUCGAGAGGGAGGUUAAUACACGACCACGAGAAGAAUGCCUGUAAAUAUGUAAAGCCGUUCACUCCGACGAACAAACAAAACCGAGUGGAGGAAGAGCAAAAAAAAAAAAAUGUUGAAAUGGCGUGAAAAAGAGCGAGCAAGAGAGUGCAUGCUUGGCUGCGCGGACGCUGCGUGGAUCCGUGUGUGAAUGAGAAGAAAGGAGAGAGAAAGUGUUGCGAAUGCGUGAGCAAAAUCGAGGGUAGAACGAAGAGAGACGGAGAGUGUACGUGUGGGUAGAAUCGCUAAAGGAUGAGAGAAAUAGGAGGGAGAGAAAAAAGGCGAAACGAAGCAGGAAGGAGAAGAUGUGGAGAAAGGGAAAGAGCAGGAAGGUGAGAGGGCCAAAAAAGAAAAAAAAGGAAAGAAGGGGAUAGACGUAUGGAUGAAAGGGAAGGGUGAGUGAAAAUGUGAAAUGGGAAGAAGAGAGAUUAGGUAGGAUUUACGAGGACGGCGUAUCCCCCCAGAGUGCUGAGCCAUAGCUUUUCGGGGUACGACAAGUUGACGAUGACGAUAGUUGCGCGAGGGGAGGGUACGACUCUUGUAUACUAUAGUAAUAUUUGAAUGUAUAUUUAUACGACAGGUUAUAUUAUUCUAUUAACUAUAAUGAUGAUAUUUUGAAUCGGUUUUAAAAUCAGAUUGGUGCUGAACGUAACACUAGGUAAGCGACACAAAGCAAAAGAAGAAAAAAAAACGCGAAAGAGGAGGGAACGUGGAAGAAGGCUGAGACACCGUAGAAGUAGCGUAAGUAGGGUAGUCGAUAGAGUAGAGCACAAGAGAGAGAGAGAGAGAGAGAGAGAGAGAGAAAGAGGAGUAAUGCCGUGGGGGGGAAAAAGAGGAGGAAUAAAAAAGACUUUCGUAGGACCCUCGUGAAGUCCGCUCAUCCGGAACUUAAUAAUAAUAAUAUUAAUAAUAACACUAAUAAUAAUUACUAGUAAUAAUAAUAAUUAUAAUUAUAAUAAUAACGCAAUUAUCAUCACAUCAGCCGGUGAACAGAAGGUAACGAACGGAAAAUAAUAAGAACGGACGUAAAACAGGAAGAAUGUUUCGUGGCAAUACUUAAGAGGAAAACGAUACGAAAUGGGGAGAUAAAUACAUACACGAACACAAAAGGAACACACACAAAAUAUUGAGGAAAUUUCAACGUACUAGAGAAUAGUCUUUUAAAUUUCUAUAUUAAGACGUGUGAUCUCUCUAAUUAUUGUACAUUAUAUAUAUAUUAUAUAUAUAUUAUAUAUAUAUAUUAUAAUGAUCUAUACCUAUAGAUGACGAGAUGCAUAAGUAUAUGAUUACGAUUAUACGUAUAUUAGGCGUUCUACAGUUAGUCUUUUAUCAUUUAGACACAGAGAUGAUCUGAAGAUGAAUAAUUGUGCGGCCAUAUUCUCUGUGGCCUGUUUGUAGUGCCUCGGAAUUGCUGCUCGCGGCAGUGAUUUGACCGUAUUUUAGGAUGGUAUAUUAAUAAUUAUAUUGAGAACUGCAAUUAUCGAUACUCUGAUACAGUACUAAAGGUGGAAGGAGCAAGGAUAAAGAAAGAUGAGUGGAACCGAAAGGAAAGAGGAGGAAGGGAAAAGAAAAGAGGAGAGAAAAAGGAAAAGGGUGAAAGACGAGAGUUUAAAGGAAAAGAAAAGAAAAGAAAAGAAAGAAGCGAAUGAAUGAAGUGAUCGUGUCGUCAGGCGUCACGUUAAUCGACUCAUUAAAUUAUUAAAGAUCUACUUAUAUCGCGUUUACAAAAAUAGGUUAGCGAGAAAAGGAAAAAACAAAAAGAAAAAAGACGUGCGGGAGCGCUAGAAAUCGGGAGUUAGAAAUCGACGACGCUGUGAUCGUUCGCUGAUAAUCACUUUUAAUCGUUCUUUUUCUUUAUUAUUUUUUUCUAAUAAUAUUAUUAUUAUCCUCGUUGCUCUCUAUUAACUUCUUCCUUAGUUGUUGCGUGCGCGUUAAAAAAGAAAACGAACAAUAACAUAAGGAAAAAGACCAAAACGAAGGAGUAGGUUCUUCAGAAAACAUGAGGAAUUCUCUGUGAUUCACGAGUAUUAUGAUUGUUACGACAUACUAAAAUUUCACGGGACAGUCGAUCGUGUCGACAUCCCGAUCCUUUUUAGAUUCGCUCGUCCCUCUUCCCUUGUGCGAUUUUAGCGAGUCUGAUCUCACGACGUUCCUCAUUUCGCGAUUCAAAUCGCCGAGUUCUCGGGGUGCUUAAAUUCGAUAGAAAAUCGCGUCGUUUGCCGACAUCCUUAUGCCUUCCUGAAAAUCUUAUUAAACUUUCUACAGAUCGUUUCAAAGUUCCGAAAUAUCUUUCGACUGCAACUGAUCGACAUCAUUUAAGAUUUAAACGGAAACAACUAAUAAUUGUGAAAACUUUCGAGCGUCAACUGCAAAUCUUGUUUCUCUCUUCUCUUUUUUUCUUUUUUUUUUUUUUAUUCAUCGGUCAUUUAUAUUUUCUUUUUUUUCGGUUAAAUUUUCGCUCGUCGAAAAAUACGUGCCGCGCGUGAAAACAAUAAUUCAAUCUUUCCGUUUCGCGACAGAACGACAGGGCGAUUUCACGUGGACGAGCGAAAUAUUAUUCGCCAGUGAAAUAAUAAUUGGUUUAUUAGGUGUUUGUCGAUCGACGAAUAAAAUGUGACCACACUCCAUCGAAAGAAAAUCGCUCAUUGAAUACGGUCAUUAAACAAUCGUGUCGAACAUCUUAAUUGACGUCGUUCCAAUUUCUCUUUAGGUUUCCGUUUCGUAUAACUCCGAAAUUUGAUUUUUUUUUUUUGCUUAUUAUGUCGUUUCUUACACGAAACACGAAUCACGGUUCUGCACGCGACGCGAUUGGAUUAUUAGGUUUCACGUAAAAACUCGAUCGAAUUCUUCAAACGGGAAUCUUUUUUCGACCAUAUUUUUAACGCAUCUUAGGCGUUUUUUUUUCUCUAUUUCGUCGAGAACGCGAUAAUAAAAAACUAAAAAAUUGUUCGUACGAAUAGGAUUAAGAUCCUUUGAGGCGUGGCUGACCGUUUAAUUUUUUUUUUCUUUUUGUUUUUCGCAGAGCAAAAGAAUAUAUCGUCAGGCAAGGAAAGAUUAUUUUCGAAUAGAAAAAGAUACUCGUUUUAGUAUGUUUGUCGAAACAGAGUCGGAGGUAGAGAAUAGGAAGAGACGAGAAAAGGAAAAAGAGAAAGACGACUAAUUAUUGUAAAAAAAAAGUGUAGAUACGAACGAAUAUUUUCUUUUUUUGUUUUUUUUUAUCAUCUGUUCUAACUCGUCGUAUUCAACAUAACGAUAUAUCAUCUCGUAUCUUAUUAUUAUCGCUGUUAAUUAAUUAUUAUUAAGUUUCUAUCGCGAGAGAUUUUUGCAUACGGUGCAGUGGUUGGUAUCGUUCUUUCCUUUCUUUUUCUAAAUAGAGAUUUUCCUUUUCUUUUUUGCUGUCACCCUUCCACACUUUUUGCCGUACUUUUCCCCGUUUUUUUCUUUUUUUUCGCGACGCCCGUCGACUGUACGGAACGUUCUUUGAUCCUCAAUGUCCGACAUUGUUAAGACGUUUCCUUACGUCCUCUUUUUGUAAUACUUCUUUCUUUUUUAUACGGAUUAUUCUUUAUCGAAAUAAUUCCGACUACUAGUGCUUAUGCUUAUUAUUCUCUAAUCUCGCAGUCACAAAAUCGGCCGUGUGAUAUAUACAUAUAUGUAUUUAUAGCGUGUCGCAGGGACGAAAGAAAUCCGAUUGAUUUUUAACUCUGUUUAAUCCUUUUAUAUAUAUAUUAUAUAUAUAAAAUAUUUUAUACCUUUUCGCGAAUGUACUUUUUUGCAAAAAAAGAAAACGAAGCGCGAUAGCCAGCUGAUCUGGCCCGAGACGACAGGGACGCGUUAUAUUUUUACUUUUAAGUUCCGUGUAUACGUGCCGGUCGCAGAACUCGUUGCGAACUGCUGCGAAACUGGUUCGGGUGGUUGGACGACGUCAGAACCUUGUGUGGUGCCAUUUCGAUCGACGAAACACUCCGACGAGCGUCGUCAGAGCGCGGAUGAAGUAAAGAAACGACGAAAAACAAAAAAGCACAGAAAAAGAAAAAAAAAAGAGAAGAAGACGUAGAAGAAGAACGAAAAAACGUAAAAGCAAGAGGAAAAGAAAGAGGAUGGAGGGGAAGUACUGUGAUAUCGAUUCACUAUAGCGAGAUAAAGAGACAAAAUACAAAAAAGAAGAGAAUGGAAGACGGGAGCGCGGAGAACAAUCAUGAAAGCGUGUAUAUGCACACGAUCGGAUGAUCCACGAGAUGGUAUCGUCGUGCACGAUAAGCGUCGACGUAUACGAUGUUACGAUAAUGUUUAUUUAUAAGCGACUUUUCUAUUCUAAUGUGUACAGUAUGCACGACGAGUAAUCGGGUUCGUGGAUUAUCUGGUCUUUUCUCGCGUGUGUAAGUAUACUACGCGUAGAAUGGCCGACAGUCGACCGGCUUUUUACCGAAUCGAACCAGAGGAAUCGUGAAACGUUCUUGCUUGCCUCUAUCGCUGGCAAAUAUCGCGGAUAGGGAACGGAUAGAAGAGAAAGAAAACGACGCGCGUCGUCCCGACGUCGAUCGAAUAACUAUUUCGCGAUAGCCGACGUCGUCCGGCCGCUCUUUUGCACCGACCAACUUUGUUAAAUAACUGUUACUGCUGCCUACCGCUACGAUGCAUUUAUUAUUUGUCAUUUUAUUUUUUGUCUUUUAUAUUUAUCACUUGUUGCACGUUUCAUCGAGAGAGGAGAGAGUGUGAGAGAAGAGUAAAUAUAUACGGACGCGAAGAAUGCGAAAGAGAGCGAGGAUGAACAAACAUGGAGAGAAAGAAGAAUCGAAUCGCGGAUACGGGUCGCAACGUUUUCUUCGCGACAGAGAACGCAAACGUUUCACGUCUGUAUACACUAAAUGGGAAGAACAAGGCGAUCUGUGUUUCUCCAAUUUUGUUUUAUCUCCUUUUUUUUAUUACUAUUACUAUUGUAAUUUUGUAAUUUGUUCUUACUACGUAUUUUUUUUUCUUUUUUCGUUCUCGUCUCUUUGAAAUCUAAUCUCGGUUGUGUGCUUUCAAGACGUAGAGCCGAAGAGAGGCCGCGUUGGGCCGCGUCAUCCCGUGUCGUCCACUGAAUGCUCAACAUAGAUUAGGUUAUAAGCUUUAUAUAUUAUUACCUAUAUAACGAUUAAUGUAAAUUAUUGUUUUUUCUCUCCCUUUAUAAGACUCAGGGCUCACGGCCCCGCAGACGGGGCCAAGCCUCGCGACAGGAUGACGCGACCUGGAACACCUCUCUUUCCUCUUUUAAUUCCUCUCUAGUUUUUACGCAGAUAACUCGUAUACUUCUGUUCGCGUUCGUUUUGUUUUUCACUUUUCUUUUUUUUAUAUAUAUAUAUAUAUAUCUAAAGAGAGAACGAGACACACCUUUACACAAAAUCUCGGCUUUAUACGUACUAUUAAUUUAUAACCGGCGUACCAGCGAUUAAAUUUUUUUUUUUUUUUUUUUUUCGUUGCACAAAGACUAUCACCAAUGCCACCACGACCACCACACACCCACUUCGACACACGAGAUCUCGCUUUCAAAAUUUAGCUUUAAAAUUUUCGAUGCGGACGCUGAUGCAGGUGCAAUACAUUACGGAUGUGCAUAUGUACACUUAGGAUCGUGCCGCGGUGCGUUGAAAACUAUGCGAGUUUUGCUUGAAAAAUAGUCGCUCACAUUCUAGCGAAAGAAAACAAAGAAGAAAAAAGAAAGAAACGAAAGAAAGAAGAGGAAAAACCGAAUGGGAAAAAAACAUGAAAGAAAAUGUCGGGAAAAAAAUUGGUCGCGAAAUCGCAAGCGGAAGACGCGUUACGCGUUACCCGUUUUUCCGCGUCGAUGUCCUUUUGUCUCGAAUGUUUCCGUGUAAUUGAAAGCUGGUUCGCGUUAACGUUACUUGUUCACGCGUAAUUCUCCACGUUUCGUAAGCUCGUUUGAACACGCGUGCUACUCCGUUUCGACGUGUCGUAACGCGGAAAGGAACGACAGACGCACGGCGAGACGAAAGAAAUUCGUUUCUCUUUGUUCCCUCGUUUGAGCCUUUUUAUUAUUAUUAUUAUUAUUACUAUUAAUAUUAUUAUUAUUAUUAUUAUUAUUAUUAUUAUUAUUAUUACUAUUAUUAUUAUUAUUAUUAUUCCUAUUACGGAAGUUCGUUUCAACGCACGUUUUUUUUCCAUUUUGCUUCCAUCGUUCACAGGACAGUGAUCAAUUUUCUCGCGUGUACUUAGUGUUUCAACGCACGCGUAGCUCGCGUCUUAUUUAUAUAUAAAUAUAUAUAUAGAUUUUUAUAUGUAUACACGAACUCGCACGAUCGUAAAUGUAAAGAGUUUUAAAAACGUUAAAAAAAGAAAAAAAAAAGGAAAAAAAAAAGGAUUACGGAGGAAGAAUCAAAUCACCGAAGUGUGCGCUUGGCGCCGGUGAUGCAUAUAUAUAUAAAUAUAUAUAUAUUAUACCGUUUUAUUUACGAUUUUAUAAUAUUUACACGAGAGCAGCGAACCACUGAGCCAAGACUGACCUCUUUGUGUUUCUCCUUAAUUCGUGCGCAAAAUGUUUCAUUUUAUUCGACAUGUGUUUUUAUCAAUUUUUUUUUUCUUUUUUUUUCUUCAAGACGACUACUUUAGCUCGAAAUUCUUGUGUUGUUGCAUUUUCUACCGUGUUGUAUUUUCUCUGUUCGAUCUCUCUGCGGUCACGGAUGGAAGAUUCGACGCUCGAUCAAACCGCCCACUUUGUUUUGUAUGAACGCACUGUGACGAGAGAGCGACGCACAGAGGAACAGAGAAAUAGAGAAAAAAAAUAAUGGAGCAACUUUCCUUAUAUUAAAAAAAAAAAAGGAAAAAGACGAAAAAAAAUGCAAAAAAACAUACGAAAAACAAAAAACUCCUCGCAAGAUCACAAUAAAUUUUUGAAUAAAAUCUAUUUUUUCUUAUGUACUCUCUUCAUUACGCUCUUCUUUUUCUCUGCUUUACAUUUUAUUUUACGUUUCUUUUCAUUUUCAAGCAUCUUGCAGCGCUUCUAUGCAACAUGGGCCACGUGAACGACAUCGCAAAUUUCAUUUUCCAUCCCUGCCGACUAUGAUUUCUUUGUGUUUUCCUCUCCCCUUCGGUCGAGUCUAGGUCUAGUUCUCGUUGCUGUUCGGAUCACAUGCAAAGUUAUGCCGAGAAGCCAGGUUCCUAAUAAUAAUUUAAGGAGUGGGAAGAGCAAAAGAAUUCCAUUCCACUUAUUAUAUAUACCCGUAUAAAAAUAUAGUCGGUCACAAAAGUCUAGAUACAUCCCUUAGAUCUAAAAUAUCAGAACAAAGACGUUAGCCGUAGCAAAACUUCUCGUCGAAUUUUGUAUUCGUUCAGCUUGGACAGAUAUUUUAAAAAAAUAAUCCAAAUUAUUACGCUUGUUAAAAGGAAAAAGUGUACGUAUACCAGAUAUAAUUUCGCAAAAUGAUCAAAAAAGUAGCCUUAAUUAUGUUAAUACAUAUCUUGUACGUUCCCCGUGGGUAUCAAUAAUCGCUUCCAAUCUUCUUGGCAUUGAUCGAAUUAAACGUUGUGCAAUUUCUCGUGCAAUUUCUUGUUUCAAGAAUUUUGUAUAAUAAUUUCUUCUGGUAAUACGUUAAUAGCGAGCAAAUUCGAAGUAACUCUGUAUCGAUACGUAAACGUGGACGUGUUUUAAUUUCCUUCCAUCACUCGAAUACACGAAUUUCGUUGAACGUACGUAGACUUUUGUGAUUGAGUGUAUAUUUUGUGACUGACGAGUGUCUCGGUGGCGCGGGCCCGAUUCACCUCGAACUCCGUCAGCUUCCAAAGAUACCGAUCAGAAUUCCUGUUCAGAUUCGAUACUCUCUCGCUCUUUGUAUCUCCUUCUUCAUACUCUUUCUCUGUCCCCAGUCUGUCGGUUCCAUUCCCUCGCCGCUCUAAUCCUCUACCAGGCCCGAUGAUGCAUCGUACGCCAUUCGACUCGUAAUUAAUCGAACGCCCGACCGAGCGUUCAAGAGCGUGAAUCAGGCUUCGCCAUAUAGUUAUAUACAUCGAGUAUUCUCUGCUCUGUAUUUUCAUCGUUUUCUCAAUUGUUACUGAUAUUCCCUCUUACUUUUCUUCUUUUCUUUCCUUUUUUUUUUUUUUUGUUCUACGCGAUAAAACUUAGGAAAUAGAACCUAGAGGCGUUGACAGAGAAGGAGAGACAAGCCCUUCUUGAUGAUUUUCAGAGUCGCUUACAGCUCACCGGUUCUUGGCUAGAGCUUUUGUCUCUCGCGAGACGAAUACAAGGAAAGGAACAAUCAGUUGCGAAUAUAAUGAAAGAGAUCUCAAUAGACGGUGUCGAACCACUCGCGUUACUUUCUUUGUUUUCACAGCCUGUGUUUCUUUCGGUUUGCACCGUUGUUUUUCCUUUCUUUAGUACCCAGACACACCAACUCGUUGUAAUCUCUGUACCUUAGUUUUUCGAUUUUAUUAAGUUUAUUCCAUAGAGAUUCGCUACGACGAUGAACAAAGAGGAACGCAAAUACGAUCCAGGGGAAAAUAAGGGACCCAUCGACGCGCCGAAAUUAAUUUCGUCGUUAACUAAUCCUCUAACAACCUAUACUAAUUGUAAAAAAAUUAUAAAACGACCAAGAUUUACUGUUCUCGUCUAUCAGCUGACUUAUUAUUAUACCGUCGCUAUUGCACUCGCAAUAAUCGGCUGUUUUUAAUCGCAUUUACUUGUCUUUUAUCACUGGCUUUCUCUUCGAUUUUCGAGGCAAUCCAUUACUAUCGCUGUUAUUGUUAUUACUAGUGCGCGAAUCGGCGUCGAAUAUCAAUUCACCGGUGGAAUAAAUUCGGCCCGUCGUAAAUCCCGGGUGGAACGAGCGGCUCGGAAACACAGUUCCAUCGCGGUGCAACCAGUUUUGCACGGCCACGUCAGAACGGCCACUUGUCAGAACGCGGGGUUCGCGGUCUUGAUUUGGAUUAUUUGCGCGGCGCGCGCACGCACACACGUUGCAAGCGACUAAGGCUAAUACGGUCUGCCGUGUGUAAGUACACGUGGACGCGAAAGAAGACGCUAAACUCCAUUACGCGGAAUUGUACAUUAAAAUCUCUUGGCCAUGCGGGCGCAGAAGCCAUUUGCUUUCAUCGAGACCGAGUGGGCCGCAGCGGUUCUCCGGUCGGAACGCGGAAAAACGACACGGGCAAACGUUAACAUCUCGUUCCCAUCGUGGAAAGUUCGCCGGGUUCGCUGCAAGUGUAUUGGAAAAACGAAAUCGAAGGUGGAUAACGUUUGAUGCGGUUUCAGAGCUUCGAGUAUACUCGCUCCGAGAGUAGAAGAUACGAAGUCGGUUUAGAGAGGUCGGAUUUUCUUUGAGAAAAUUAAUUGCGCAUGUGGGAUGCCACUUGAAUUUGUUCAAAGUUGGAUAAUUUCAUUCGUUCGGAGUAUAACACGAGAUCUUUGGUGUACUUUUGAAUCGAUAAAAUGAGAAUCGUUAAUAUGGAAGUUUCUACUUUUUCAGUGAAAAAGUUGCCUUCCCUUUUUGGUUUUUGGCUAAAUUACACGAAGAUGACGAACAGUGAUACAACAAAUAAUUAUACUCUGAACUUGAUACGUCGUUUCUGGAUUAAUUUACGACAAUUACGCCACAUGCGGAUUAUCCUACGUUCCAUUAUAAAUUCCUAUACGCUGAUAAUAUUGAGACGAAAUCUAUCGUGUAUCUGUCGUAUUGUUGAACUGGCGAGUAGCCAGACUGAUCAUACCGAUCGAAUAUCGACCAUAACUGAAGUACGAUUAAUUCGCCUACUCGGAGACCAAGUUUCAUACAGAGAGGCCUCGUUUCUCGUUUCCAACUCAUUCUUUCAACCUCUCUAUUCCAUGAAACCAUCUAUUCCCCUGAAAAGGUCCGUUUGAAAUUCCUGAGAGGGCAGGCUGAAUUAAAAUUCGUACAGAAAACGGUUCGAAAAGAGGGGAACAAACUCCGCCGACGAAAUUCGAUCGAUGACCAUCGAAUGACUGGAAAGAAACACGGCUACGAGCCGGCCCAACAAAGCGAAGUCGGAAUACAGUGCCGAUCGAUCGAAAAGUUCGAGCGAUUCACAAACGCGCGCUCACGAGGCCGGGCAUAACGAGUUUGAGAAACUCUGCCGUCUGCGAGGAGGUGCGCGACUGCACUUGACUUUCCAACUUCACGACCGGCGCACGGCUACAAAAGCGAGUCUUUCCCGUCUGCGCCAAGUCUGCGCGAUUCUGUUACGCCGCGAGAAACGGACGAAAAUCGAAAUGGCCCAGUGGUACCGUGGAAUGGCAUGGAAUACCUGGUCGCGAAACAUGCAGCGAAAAAUUCCCAAGGAUUAAGAAACCCACGGGGACCGAAUCUUCCUCUUGAAAUAUGAAAGAAAGAGAGAGAGAGAAAGGCCGUCUUUGUAUCUUGCAAAUCGAACGUUGUUUCUCUUUUUGCAUCGUCUGUGUUUCAGGAGCGAUUCUAUCCUGGCGAACACCUGUUACGAAGAAAUUGCGGUGGAUUUGUCGGUCAGCAGGAGCGUUCUCUUUCGUAAAGGGGCAAAAAGAGGUACGGCUACUUGAUCGGAGAAAGGGAAUGGUUAAAUCGUAAGUUACGAUACUGCGGAUGGUUUAAAUCGUUUCGGUCGUUGCAUCUCGCUGCCAACGAUUUACUGGUAGUGGUAAUUAAAGAUUUAUAAAAGAAAGAACGAGAGUAAAGGAAGAUAGAAAGGAGGAAAAGGCGAAGAAACGCGCAGAGUUUAAGGGUGACGAGAUAUGAUUUAAAGACGAUCGAUUGGUGACACCGUAGAUCGACCUCCGACACACAAGACUAUGGGUAUAAAAUCAGCGAACGAUAAGAGAGCGAUUCGAGGCGGGCUGCUAGUCGGCCAGAGCGAUGCGUUAAUGUUGUUAUUGCCAAAAAUGACGAGGAACGAGUUUACGCGGCUCACCGAUCGCCGUACCAUCUUAACCAGCCGUACACCGAAUCCGGUUAGACCGGUUCGGCGAGACGUUAGAUUUUCGCGUGAUCGCACUUUCGGUUUCUGAAUAUUGUGUCCUUGAAUGGAGUCCUGCUCGUCGGGGCCCCGGUGUGGCCGGCAAGGUGAUGCAAGAAUGAGUGCAGCGAAAUUCAUGAGAAGAAAAAAAUCGAGCGGAAAAAAGGAGGAGAAAACGAGGGAAAAAGAAGAAGCGAAGAAAUGAAAAAAAAAGAGAGAAGACGAGAAAAGAAAGAAACGAAAGAAAUGUCGAAGGAAGAGAGGAAAGAGAAGUAGCACCGCAUAUCGGACCGGUAAUUACGGACCUUUACCGAUGUUUCGAUCGGAUUUCAUUGCUGGCCUGUCCCCCUUCGACGAUUACAUCGUGCCACACGGCUUCGUUUCGCCGAUCCAAAUUUCGAUACCGAGGAUUAUGCCGCGAUCGAUACGAUUUUAAUUAAACGGUCGAUAUUUAUCGCGUUAAUCGACCGACCCGAACAUAGAUCACUCGGUCGAUGGUUUAUAACGAUCCUUCAACACGUAGAAUUUAAUUAGCAGACGGAUAACGAAUUUUCGACGGGAAAAUCAUGGUCACGCGUUCGGUCACUUCUUUCUCAAUCGGUGAACGCCGGUCUUUCUGUUCUCUCUAAUCGAUGUAUGAUUUAUUCGUGUCGUAUCGGGGAACCGGUUCCACCGAACAAACUGCUCGCUUCGAAAAAGAAAUCUAUUUACCGUGAUACAUCGUCAACGUUGAUAAAAAUGCCCUUUAAUUCUGCUAUCAGUGCUCGAAUUUCUUAAGCAGAAAGAAAGAGCAUGAAAUAACUUUUCCCUUUGUUCAUAGAUCGAUUAUACAUAGAUUAUGGAUCUAAUCCGUGAGAAUACCGAGUCACGGUCGUUGCAAAAACUCCACUUCUACUGGUUGUCUAGUUCUACUUGUGACAGACAUUCGUUCGGACUUGAAAACUUCGGCUCCGAAUCUUCCGGCUGAAAAUUAUUAAUACAAAUAGCAUAUGUACCAGAUGCCUAAACAACUACUAAAGAGAUCACAAGGUUAGGGUUUUAAAUCCUUACACUCGCGUUUCGAUUAUCCUCGAGAGAAAUAAAAAGUCACGAACGAUCGAAAGAGAGGAGCUCGGUCGCAGCCGUGGUCUCACGCGGAUCGAGCGUAUCACAGCCGAAUUAAUCCAUAGGUUUCGAAAUAGACGCGCAACGAGGCUGGCCAGGACUUGGUGCAAAACGUACGGCGAAGGAUGGGAACGGGCGAGAGGCAUUGGUAUACGGCGCGAAGAAUGAUGGAUCGUCAUGCAUGCCCGAAAACCCGUCGGGACUCCACGCGGAUGAAGAAUGUUGCCCGAGGAAGAGAAGAAUCCAGCCGACGAGCAAGGCAACUCUCUCGCAACGAUAUCGGCAAUCGAAAAGCGGAUUGAUCGAGCAAACGAACACACAGCGUACUUUAUUUUUUUCUUCGCGAACGUCGCUCGAUUCCACGAUCUUGAUCGAUGGACGUGUCUCUCGUGGCAGAAACUCGACUUCUCCUCUUCCAAUUUGACUCUGACAUCAUCGAGAUUUAAACGUUCGAACGUUGCACCGUCGCGAGCCAUUCGCGCGUCUUUCUAAUAAGCGUCGCGAUAACGAGAUACCAUCGGGAGAGGUGCGCGCGCGCGAUAGCGCGAACUCUGUGAACCCUCGAGUCUGGAGAAUGGCCGAAAAACGGCGUAGAACGAGAAAAAGGAAGGCUCACGGGGCUCCCGACGAACGCGCUUACGCGCCGCUUCACGUGGGAGACCGACGCGACGACGACGACGAAUAUAGAGAGAAUCAUCCGUGAAACAGCAGCAACGGCAGCAGCGGCAGUGGUCCGCAGAGAAGAAAGAGGAUAGAACGAAUCGAGUACGAAGAAGAGCAGAGGAUGGCUGGUACGAGUACGUACGGAACAAGGAGCCUCUUCCGAGAAGGAGUGACGAGGAGAGAAGUGCGUGAUAAAUAUACGAAUCGGUCCGAGUGCAACGGAGAGGACGAUUAACCGGGAGGAAGAGGCGCGAGAACCGCGACAGAAACAACAAAAAGGGGUGCACAAAGAGAGAAUGAGAGAGUGAGAGAGAAAGAGAGAGAGAGAGAGAGAGAGAGAGAAAGGCUCGUCUGUCCUGCUCCAUCCGCGAAGAAACAGAAACGAAGCUGAAAACGGUGGAGCAGAGUGAGCAUCGGAGAAAAAAUCGCACGAUAAACACGGCACACCGGAGAGAGAGUCGAUAAUCGCAGAGAGGGACGAGACAAGAUCCACCGGGAGAAAGACUCUCUAGCGAUGAGACGGGGAGAGAAGGGAGAAGAGAAGGAGAAGAACGGGGCCCAUGAAGGAGAGACGAGGAAAGAGAAUCCGCAGAUGGAGAGGCAACAGAGAGGAGGGUCUCUCUCGCUGGGUCUCCCCGACUCAUAACUGGUUAACUUGGUGGGGGAACGCCCUUGACUCGGACUCUUGGUUGGCGGGGGAGUGGGACCAUGGUGCGGCCUUGAGUCGGCCCGUCUCGUUCUUCGACAGCGUUUCUCAAUCUCGCAGUCUCGUCGGGGGUCUGGCGACUCCGUGACGUUGCGCUCAGGCGGCCGAGAAAACUUGUAAUCAACGCGUGAGAGAGAAAGAGAGUGGAAUACUCUAUGGAUCGGAGUUGGAGGGAAAAAGAGAAAGAGACCCCUUGGCACACCGUCGUCGUCUGCUGGUAGGGCGCGGGUCAGGUGGCCGACAUUGUUUUCGUGACAUUCCUAUGCUAUUCGUGUUUUCGCGGUCACGUCGCUUCCCUCUCUCUCUUCCUCUCGUCUGGCUCGUCUCCGUCUUCUGGUAGACGACCACGACGAGAAAUGCAGAUCGAUCAUGCACACCAAGAUCUCUCUGUUUUCCAGCGACUCCGUGACUCACCGGGGACGAUCUAACCCUGCGACUCGCGCGGACAACUUAUACAAAUAUACGUGUACACGGAUCAACGUACACCGUCGCUAAUGUAUACCAUAACACCGAAAAAUUCAACGUUUCUAGGUAAUAGCCGAGUAUAGUAGAAAAUUGGAACAAUUUACGAACAACCGAAUCGUUUGAACGUUGACAAAUAAAAAAGAAAACGAAUGUGAAUAAAGUUUAGGACGAAGCAUGGGAGAGAAGUUGUCCGGCACACGGAAAGCUAAUCAUCCGCAGAUCGCCAGUCACGCGGGCCUCUCGAAACGAGUCGACGGGCUUAAAGAAGGGUUCAAGGUUCGUGAACUUGCCACGACGAUCGUCGCGACGGCUCUUACGAGCGGCCGGCCCUCAGGAGAGUAACGAGAAACCUCGCGGUGUGCACGUAUACUCGCUUCUGCCGGUCCGUGUGGUCACGUGAGUAAAAUUCCUUUUCGACGCAACGAAGAAGUCCAGGCUCGAAGGAUGUUCGUACGAGAACCGCGGAGAAAAAACAUUCCGAUGCGCUGAUUGCAUCUACCGCCACGCUGAACCGGUGCAUCAACGGGCAGAGGUGUUAAUCGGGUUACGAGUCUCCUUGAGAGCCCAACCAGAGAGGAACUGCGUCACGUUCGGUUCAGACCAGACCGAGCCACCUAAUAUCCCGGAUGGAUAUUUUAUCGGAAUUUAUGGAAACGUAAAUGUCGAAAAAUUACUUCGUAAGAAGGAAAGCCAUGAUUUCCAUUAUCGUCGAUUAAUCUGGACCAAUGAAGCAAUUACGAUAAUCAUAGCCUUAGGAAAGAAAUCUCUUUAUUUUUUCUUCGUGCUCGUCAUCUUCCUUUCGUUUUUUCUUUCGCCGAAAGGGGAUGCAUUCAAUUAUAAUGAACAGCAACUGGGUCGAACGCGAUCAUGCUCGAGGAGAAACGGUUUUUCGCUUUCGCGGUCCCGAUUGCAAUCCCUGUCAUUUCGCGUGAUUAUCGCUGGAAAUGCAAGGGUACUUGCCAGCCCGGUAGAGACAGAUACGAUCGUGCAUCAAGCCGCGAAACGUGCUCGCGAGCAUGCCGGUUCUACGUUGAUCGAAGACUGCACAGCCGGUUAUUAUCGCGCUUGUGGAUGCUGGCCCGUAUUCGUUUGCUUUUUCGAUGCAGCGUACCGCGCGCCGAUCGUCUUAAACGCGUCUUCUAGCAUACACGGGCCGGGCUAAUGUCCCGUGGUCUCGAAGUAGUCGUUCAUCGUCGUAGGCUGCCGAGGAUGUAGCCAAAGCGUACGGCCGAGCCACUUAAUUACAGUCAUCAGCUGGUAGCACGGGCUAAAAAAAUAACAGACAGUUCGCGUUUAACGAGAGCGCGGGGCAUCGUUCGUUCGAUUCUUCCAUUGACGAUCCUCUUAUGCCUCUUGUUCGAUCUAUCUCGAUAAGGGUGGAAGGAGGGCCGAAUGGAGAUAAAGGAUCCGUGAAAAAAAGGGGGCGAAGAUCUCGAAGGCCCCCGGAAGGUGAAAUUAAGGAAGUUGAGAACAAAACGCGCUUCGUCUGCCAGAAGCGUCUGCAAGGCUAAAGGAGCGGGAGAAUGUACGAUGGAAAAAAGGAGAGGCAACGGGAGAGCGGACCGGGAACGCGAAAGGAGACGCAGAUUCGACGAAGAACGUACGAGCAGACGCGAAAGGAGAAACGAAGACGGAAUCGCGGGUUUGGAAUAGAGAGAGAGAGAAAAACACGUGUACGCGUAGGAAGGGGAACGCAGAAGGAGAAUGAGAGGGUGAAGUACUGCCGAGACGAUCUUCAGUUACGAGAUAGAGAGAGAGAGAGAGAGAGAGCAAGAAGAGGAGAAUGAACAACUUGGUCCAUACCGGCGUGCGCAUAUAUACGACGCAGCGAACACCCUUUAUACUUUAUUUUGCCUCCACGCGAAAUACCGGCUGACAGUUACUCUCUCGAACGAAAUAAAAGGUGGCCAUCCUUCUCUCUUUCUCUUCGUUCGGAAGAGAGGAGCAACUCACAGAGGAACUUCCACUUGGCCUACUACUCCACUCCACUCGCUUACUCGCCACGGACGAGCUACCGGGGCUUUUCUUUUUACGCGAGCCACUUCCUGCUCGAACUUUGUUUUUCUUUCUUGUCCCUCGCCCCCGUCCGCCUCGUUCUUCCUUUCUUCCUUUCUUUCUUCCUUUCUUUUCCUUUCUUGUUGUUGCUCGACCAGACCCCGACCAUGGGAUUAUGCAACGCAUAACGGAGAAAUCUAAACAAGCAAACGACCACGAAAUCCACGCGUAUCACCCUCUUGCACCGUAUAUUCGCCAAUCCCUUUUUUCGUUAGCCAACCUCCGUCCACGUUCGCGUGUUUUUUCCUGCUUCCCCUAUAACUACCUCUCUCUCUACUACUUUGAGAACAGGCUCGUUCAAUUCACGCUGGAUUUAUGUGCGUUUCGAAAGUGGCGCGAUAGAGAUGACGUUCCAAGGAGUUAGCCUUAAUUCGAGGUUCAACCAUGGAUCGGUUUUAUUUGUUUGGAAACGCGACCGUUCCAAUUGCAUAAAUUAACGCGGCUCGAAAUUCAAACGAGUCGGACGGGGUCCCGUCACGGAGACAUCGUUCGCGUCUGUGUAUAACGCGCGCAGGCUUUCUAAGUCUUGCUCAAUUAGAAAGCGCUAUUGGACACAUCCGCGCCCGCGGGAUCCUUUGGAUAUUCAAAUCAGUCUAAUCAUUGUUGACUGCGUUACGCUUUUCCUUCCAGUUAUCCAUUGGAAAACGUUCCAAGAAAUAUCGAAGUUUCACGUUUCCUCGUUUUUACGAUUGCAAAUAUUGGAAUUUGCGAAAUUGUCGAUUUCUUGAACUCGCGAGCUUUCAAAUUUUCAGAUAUCCAGAUUUUUUGCAACUUUGUUAUCAUAGUGGAAAUGUGGAUCGUUGAACGCGGUUAAUGAACUUCCAUGAAUAAUUCCAUUAUGACCGAGUCACCCCUCGCGACUGUAAGGGCAGUGUUCGCGUAACACGUGUACAAAGGGUGGAAACGUAGACAGAGAGGACGGUUCUUGCGCUCGAACUUGUUACUGGCUCGAGUUUUCGCAUAAUAUUCUCGGUUUUGCCGGUCGUUGGAUUAAACCUAUCGAGGUUUAUAUCAGCCAUUUCGAGGCGCGACAAACAACCUGCGCAGCAACAGGUUAAUCGCGCUCGAAAACGGACCGCAAAUGUUAAACGGCCGAAUGAUUUGUUACUUCCGGUGCCUCUUCCAAUGUUUCAUAAAACCACCGUAUUAUCCUUCGCGUGCGUGGAAAAUCUUUCUUCGGGAAAUCCGUUGAAAAAUUGCAAUAGCGACAAUUUCUACCUUUUGUUUUGCUUAUCCUCCGUGUUUCCUGCCAUUCUCGAAGCGUAUAAUAAUCGAAACGAAGCUUUCAUAAAAAUUAAAAUACAAAAUUAUUCGACAAUGUCUGUCGGUUUUCUCCGUCUGUCUUCAAUUUUCGACACGGACAACUCGAAGAUUUCACGACCGACUUUAAACUAGUUAUUCCAUCUGAACGAUCAGUAAAUCGGUCGUGAUCUCAACGGACUAGGUCUGUCCUUGGUGGAUCGUUAGCCGAGCUCAUACGACGUACGAGUCAAUCAGGUCCAUGGUGAUCGAUACGCUUUGUUUUCGCAGGGCCACAGUACCCGGCCACGUUCGUUCCCUCCCAGUCUGUCAAACUGUUUAUGUACGAGAGCCGUUUUUUACCUUGCACGCCGGCUACCUGCCAAUGAAACGCCUGCCGACCUUCGAAUCGGAGUCUGACCGUUUUUGUGCUCCGCGCCGGUAGCUCCGUGCCGCAGGACCUCAAACUACGCUCGAAAUGCGCGUAUCUAAAUGGAGGUAACGUGGAAUGAACACGUAUAGAGAGGGAGGGAAAACAAGCCUGCGGCCAUGCUACAAUUGUACCGGCCGCUUAAAAAAUGGAGUUCGGGACUAUCGGCUAUGGAAAUGGAAAAUAAAUGGCGCUGACAUGCGAAUAAAUAUGCGCGUAAUAACACGCAAAUGAAUAUAAUUUUCUGGAAUGACGCGGAUAGUGGAAGAUUGUAAUACACUGGAUUCUGAAUAAUAUGUUGGUAGGAAGGCUGAUUAAAGAUGAAAAUUUGGAUUAUCGAUGAUUAUAUUGUUAAUUAUAGUUCUGUGUUCGAUGAACGAGUGAUCGCUGCGAGACGCUUCAUUUUGGUUCCAGAUCAUUAAGCGUUAAGAUGCAACGAGUUCUGGACGAUAUUUUAGUGAAAUGAAAAUGACUGAGGAAAUUUGUAGUAUUAAUUAUAAUUCUAAGAAGUUGGGGUGAUGUUAAUCGUAAAUUACCACUAAUUAAAUGAAAUUAAACGCUAAGUUCGAUGACCAAGCGAUCAGUGUAACACACUUCACUUUUAUUCAAAAUUAUUGUGAAUUAUAUAGGAUGAAUCGUGUUCUAGGUGGUAAUUUUAAUAACGAAGAUGGUCGAAGGUGGAAAUUUCGUGAUAUUAAUUAUAUAAUUAUAAAUUGCGGUGAUAUUGUAUGUAUAAUUCUAAAUUUAAUGUACGCUAUGAACACUAUGAGACUUCAUUUCGGACAGUGAUAUUAGUUGUAACUCUAAGUUCGAUGACGGAAUGACGACUACGAGACACUUCAUUUUCAUUCGUUCUUUUCGAAAGAGGAAGGCAAUACGAACAUUGGUGAAAUACGAAGACGACUACAAAUUAGUGAAAUCGAACAAUAUCGUAAUGCGUCGCGUGUGAUCGGUUAAAAUCGCGACGCGAAUAUUCGUGAGUCUGAUAAAGGGUACGAUAAUUGCUUGAAAGCAAGUAGUUAAUGGAAAAGGAAAAAACACAAAAUGCUCGCAAAGGGUGGAACGCGGACACGUAUUAUAACGGUGGAUAGAAUUUUAAUGAAAGCAAAGCCCGUUUUAUACCGAUAUGUUUUUUAUAAGGAUUUUAUACGAGAAGAAAGGCUCGCGUAGACAGGACCGCGACGUUUGCUCGUUUCCGUUGAUUCUUCGUUGACAGAAAAAGAAAAAUAAAAAGAGAAGGAGAGGAUUUCUCGUAUAAAACGGGCUCGUGAACGCUAAUGAAUGACGAUUGUUAAUUCUCUUAGCCGUAAAUUGUUUUCUCGUCCGUAGGCUAGACACGAAGUGGCGAAUUUUUUAAGAAAAAAGCAAAAGAAAACUCUACCGACCCUCGACCGAUAGCAUCGAAUCGCACGAUGAUCCCACAACUGAUUGUCUGCCUGCAACUCUGUCUCGUCUGUUGAAAGGAAAAAGAAAGAAAGCUAUCGGAUCGCCGAUAAAUGAUACGACGAAUUUAUCGUUUAUCGGCAAUCGUUCGCAUAGACCUUGCAGCAUACAGUUACAAGUUAACCCGUGCAUUAAAGCAUCACACAGGAUAGUUAGGUUAAAGUCUUAGAGCAUUCAUUAACCAUUGAAUCGAUCUCGUUGUACCGGCCGAGGGUUGCAUUCGUCUUGUCUUAAAUCCGUUUCGAAAGUUGUUCUGUUGACCAUAUAUAGGAUAGGAGAAUAUUGUGAUUGGUACGAAUCGCAGGAAAAGCGUCAAUAAAUCAUUGGUCGAUUAAUACGUAGCAUGUACGUGCGUGCGGUGGCAUGAGAUCUUACGGCGGGAAAGGGGAAGGACCGUAAGAUCGUUUGAAAAAUCCGCGGCCAAGAACGCGGCAAUUAGCGAAUUGUAGCAGACAAAAGGAACCAGGUCCAAUUUUUAUAAGGCGAGAAAAUAAAUGACGUGGAUGUUACAAUGACGAUGCAACAGCGAUACACGGAAAAAAAGAGGAUGUAAAAUGGAACGAAGAGCAAGGAGAAAAAGAAAAAGAGGGAGAAACAAAGACAGUAAAUCAAAUAUACGUAUUACUAUAUAAGGGUCGUCGUAGCGAAACACAAUUGAAACGCGAACGGAAAUAAAGAAAGAGAUAGGAUGAUCGUGGUGAACGCUUUUUUGUUCAGGUUUUGUUACACACAGCGAUUGCUAGCGUUGUACAUAGGAUAAUAUCGCGCAGGUGCUCCGAACUUUGCAAGCAUCUUCCACGCUCUACCGAAGAAUACGUAAUUCAGUGUGACUUAUGUGAACAAGUGAGAAAGGUAGUAUGAAAGAAGGAAAGAAUGGCAGAUGUAAUAUCUACAAUUUUAAUGACUGUUUUCAAACUCGUUCCGACAACGUAUCGAUAAGACAAACGCGAGAAAGUGACAAUCCCGAGAGAGAAGAGAAGAUUUUCGAGCGAGACGGAAACGGUUUCGUUGCACACACACGCUUCCAUUUUUCAUUAGAAUGAACCGUUGCUGCGGCUAAACGCCGCGUAACUAAUUACCACACCUGAUUUCAAAGAUUCUCAGCAUAUUUUUGAUACGUUGAAUUAUAUCGAUACAGUGUAUACAGAUAUACCGAGUGACCAACUUAAUCGGCCAGGCCACCGUUGGCACGUCCGAACGCUCACAUAAAAUAAUCAUUUUUACGCAGAUCAUUCGAUAUUAUUCUUAAAUGACCAACAAUAGUAAAAGGCUUCGCCUGAGAACAGCAACGUUCGAUUUUCUGCAGGUUGAUUGGGAACAUGCUGCUCGAAAUUUCAAGUUAAUUCAUUCCGAGGCUCAAAAUCGAAGAGAUCGAUUAACGUUAAUACAUGAACCUGAGAGAUACCACAUAGCCAUAUUUAAUUAUACAUUGAACAGAUAAUCAGAGUUAACAGAUAUAAUCUAUAUAGAUUUAAAUGACCGACGAUUACUUUAUUAAGAUCUUUCUCUCUCGCGUUUGAGCUGCGCGAUGAAUUUAAAAAUUUCGUUAUAUCGUUUUUCGAGUCAGUCUGUACCGAAAAACGAUUAAAACUCUGUACGAUAAACCGAGAGCUGUUUCUGUGCUGGCCUGAAAUCUAUCUUGAACGAGGAUUGUUCGACUUUUCCACGCGGCAAACAAUGUUCAUCAUCUUUUUUCGAUAAUUAAGACGGUUUCCCUCGUGAGAUUGCACGCGUUACGACACGUGUCAUUUAAUCAAAAUGUUAUUGUAAUUCUAGUAAGGUAAGGCAAAACAAACAAAAGAAAAAAAAUGAAGAAAAAGAAACGAGCGGGCGAGCGCGCGUUUUAAAUAAAAAGAACAAAAAAAGAAAAGAGAAGAGGAAAGAAGAAGAAACACAUCGACUGAUUAUCGUUAAGGGUGGAUCGCUAGAACGAAGAUUAGCGGCGAUUUUUAUUAUCUAAAACUUAGUGAUAGAAAUUUUGCUAUUUAUUACGAUGUACUAGGAUACGCUCGUUUACGUAUCGAACACGAAUAAGACACACGAGACAUGCUAAUUUUCGUUUGGCCGUCCAUUCCGCCAGACUUUUAAACGCACGACGACUUUUUUCACUUUCUUUCCUCGUUGUUUCUUGAGCUUUUCAUCGAUUCUUGGAUCUCGAGUCUGUGGGUCGCGGCUGAGUCUUCACGGUUUCAAUACGAUUUAAUCGGGUUUAGAGUGCACGGAAAAAAAUAUUUCUAUAAAUAUAAUACGCGCUGUACAGCAAUAAAGUAUUGGGAUACAUCGAUCGAGAUACGAAAGAGAUAAAGAGGAGAAGAAAAUUUACGAAAUUUAUAGCGUAUCCAUUUCUCUAGUAGGAAAGGCGAAUUAAAAGAGAUAUAUUACGUAUACAAUGUACAGGGUGUUUCAAGGUAUAUGCUGUUAUAUUAAGGAAACUAUUAUCGGCUAUGCUAUAAUCUUAGAUUUUACGCAGAUUUAUUAAAUUUCUUCUCUUUUUUCUAGUCCUAUAUUAAUACAGAAACAAGAAAAGAAAAAUUCCUCUCUAGUUCUUCAAAUUUCACAUAGUUGAUCAAACAAUAAUUUACAAGACAUUUGCCUCGAGAUACCCGGUAAGAAUAUCGAGAAUAAUACGAUUUCGAGACCAAGUCUAUCGAGAAGAAAAUUAAUAUUUGGUAAAGAAUAAAGAAAACUUUAUUUAUGCGUCGAUGUUAAUCACGAUACUAUAUUGCUCGGAUCUCUCCUGGUAUACGCAACAACACACAAAAAAAGAAGCACUUUAAAGAAAUAAAAAAAAAAAAAAUGGGAAUCACUAGUGUAUAUAUACAGGACCACAGGUUCGUUAAUUUUACAAUACGAGAAACACGAACGUUCUUCGGAUUAGAAAAUAAAAGGACAAAACGAAAUAACAAAGAUACAAAAAAAAAAGAAAAACGAUGAGAAAAAAAAGAGAAGAAUAGUGAAUAUAGUUGAUGAAUGCGUGUCUUGUUGCGCGCCUGACGGACCGUGACCGGUCCACGUUGUUCGCGAGUCCGUACGCCAUGUUUUAGGCGCACAAUCAAGGAAGUGUAUAGUGUUUAAACUCGCAGCAAAGAGCAGAACAAACUCUCCCCCUCAAAGCCCUUGUUACGAGCCAGCAGUUGAACAAUGAUGUCUGAUUUUUAUCGCCAGAGAGCAGUAAUAGCACAAGUGAAACCGUUUCUAAGUACAUUUGUUAUACACGCAUAUUGUUAUCAUUGCCACGUAAAAGCAAUUAUUAACUCCAUAGCCUGGGCCAUUGUUAGGUGAACGAGAGAGCUAGAGACUGUUUCUUGAAGCUGGUUUGCACCAACUCACCGUUCCCUUCGUUUGCUCUUUUGUAUGUAGCUGUUAAUCCGUUUUGAUAUUUUCUUCCGAUAUCAUUGCGCUUUAACUGACCGACUAAUUCCGUAUGAUACACACAUACAAUGCUAUCUUAAUUGAACCUUGUUUCGCUCGUUUUUCUUUCCGUCGCAUGUAUAUAAUUUUCUCAAACGAUGCUUUACGAAGUGUAUUUAACAGGGAGAUGAGCCACAGAUAACCUCUAAACUGAAGAUUUGAAAAAUUGGUAGGAAUAUCGAUAACACUACUUAUUGCCAAUUGCAAUGUGCAAUAAAUAAUGUCAUCGUUAGAGAAUAGAGCAUAAAAUUUCGGUUUAAAGGUUGAAUGAGAAACGGAGUAUAUGUUCCUUUUUCUUUUCUUCGUUAUUUUCUAAAUGCUCUUAUUUUUUCCCCGAAUUUCCAACUAUAAAAUUUGUUUCUAACUAUUUACAUUUAUUUUGAUAAUUUUACAUUGGUGUAAACCUGCAUCAAAGAAAAUACGAGAAAGAGAUUAUCGUAAUAACUGCCGAUUACUCGGUAACAAUGGCAACGCCCAUACAUACGAAGUCUGUAAUCGAAAUGCUUUAUAUUUUUACACCGAACAAAGCAGUAUAUAACGUACAAUAAACAAUAAAACAUGUCCUUCCAUACGCAACCUCAAGAUGACAAAUGUUAAAUUUUUAUUUUUACAACAGCCCACUAUCACUUCCGAUAUCUGAGCAUAUUCAUAGUUGAGACUAUUUAAGUAGGAUUAAUUGAGACAAAGUCGGAUAGGAAUUCAUUUUAAUCGACUCACGAGAUUUACGAUUUCUACUCGACUCGAUCGUCUAUUGUAAUAUAUGCAAUUAUAAACAAUACGACAGUCUACGCUAGUGAUAUUAUUGUAUAAUGUCGACGUUUCACACCUAUACACAUAUACACACGCGUGUACACCUGCGUGUGUGCAUGCAUAACACAUACACAAAGACAUUUAUGUGAUCUUACCGUGUGCUACAUUUCGAUAAAGAUUUUGCAACUGUUCGUUUAUUUGCUCGUAAAAAGAAAGAAUAUCGUCUAACGUGUUUUUGUUUCAAAUAAAACUGCGAAGACGUCUAAAUGAAACGGUCUCAAAACGGUCUGUCCAGAUACUACUGUCUUAUGCUCCAUCUGUUGCACGAAACUUUAGUUCUAACAUACGCAGCUCUCGUAUAUAAUUCAUAUAUAAUUUUCAAUGAAAAUCAAAAAACGAAGAACCGAUCGGUACCAAAAAAUAAAUCUCAUACAUUAAGUCAUUAACUUCGUAAAAAAAAAAGGGAUGUACAUAUGUAUUUAAGAUAGCUAUAUAUUAUUAUAUAUACAGACAUACAUACAUAACACAUCAGACAUCUCACACACGUAUACACACAUGUAAUAUGUGAAGGUUUUCAAUGUGCUGUUAAUUGCAAAUCAAUCUAAUUGUUGAAUACUUUUCUUGUUACUCACCCUUCGAUGAUCGUAGUCGAAGUAAACCGAUUCCCGAAAUCUGGUUGGCAAUGUGAUUAUUCAAGAGCGUAGCUUUUUUCAUUUGUUUACUCGCUUACGAAUCUUACACCUAUGAAGGAAACUUUCAUAAAAUACACUUUCUCCGUGUACUUGAUGUUUCUUAAUGUCUUAUUUAUACACACUUGAUACUUUAACCACAAUCUAUUUCAUUAUAACGAAAAGACCAUAUUUAAACCGAUAAAAUAGAUUUUCGUAUGCAGUUCGACUCUGAUGCGUCACCGAAAAAUCGUACGUUGCCAACUGAACGUUUAAAAAUGUAUUAUUUUGAAGUCGUGUUAUGCCAAACUGAUCAACCAUUUGAACGUCAAAAAUAAACAGCACGUGUGACAACCUUCGAUGUAAUACCGCCGAUAUCCAAUUAGAAAAGCGCCAAAUUCGAACGGUUCUUUAUUUACUUCGUGUUCUUUUUUUCUCUUUGGAACUGUUGUAAUGCUUAUUUAAUUGGCAAUCGGCGUCGAUUACUUAAUUCCAUGAUCUCCUACAGGGAUUAUCGAUUACAAAGUGGAAUUAACGAAAAAUUUCGUUUAUAAUAUCGAAUAAGAUUUGAAAAUACAAUAUAUUUCCCGAGAUGCAUUCGGAAUGAUCGUUCGAAGAAUGUCGAUUUUUCUUAAAUUACGAACGUACGUAAUACCUCAGAGUCAUUACGAUAUCAAUACGUAAAAAUAACGAAACAUUUGUGAUUCGUGAUGUAUCGUAGAUUAUUACCGGGAUAUUGGUAAUUUCGUACGACAAAUAAUAAAAUAUAUACGAACCCAAGUAUUUAUGUACGUCGACGAAAAUUUUCGAAUUACGGCAACCAUGAUGGAUUCUAUGCACUUCCCUCUCACUGUAAAAAAUACCAUUCGAGAUAUCGAUCAGAUGUUUCGAAUUUUCCCGCAAGUUUCAUUCGAGAGUUGUUACUAAUGUCAAUCUUCAAUUUCUAUAUUCUUCUUAGAGUAAGAACUUUUGUAUUAUGAGUUAAAAGUACUAUUUCUAAGAUUAAUUACGAAGACCAUUGAGAAAACGUUAAAAAAUAAUUUAUGUUUUUAAAAAUAUCUCGAGUAUGCCGUAAGGACAACCGUACUGACCUGUACGUGAAAGUAUACGUAUCCGACAAGGGAACUUUAAUCUUUCGAUAUCGCGUAAAUACGAAGGAAUCUUCCUCGGGGGCGCAAGCGUUUCGCAUCGUUUUCAAAUUCAGCGUAUUUUGAAUCUGAUAGGAGGAUGGGAAAAUGGCGCGAGAAUACAAAUUGUAAAAUUUCGAAUUUGUAACUUUUCAUGAUUUUGAACAAGAAGAACAAAAAUGUGUAACAAAAAUAUGGGAUGAAAUUCCGUUUUUGAAAUUUAUUUGAGGAAAGUUCCUUCGUAAUAUUUCACGCGUAUAAAUAAACAUUUUUAAUAUUUCACAUUUUAUCACAAUCUUCAUCGAAGUCGUUCAAAUGCGAAGACAGUCUUGUUCGUCUCGAAGAUAACGUUAAACUUAUUUUACACGCAUCGAAUGUUAGGACUGUGUUCGUAUUACGAUAGUUGUUAGCGAAUGAACGUUUCUCGGUCCCUAGAAAAGAAAAUAACCAUAAAAAAAAAAGAGAUCGAAUUUUUCGUGAAGAGAGAGUACACAUAUACACGCUUACUGGGAAACAUGUAUAUGUACUUAAAAACGUCUUUGUGCAAAAUUGAUGAAUGUUUUACGUGUACUAAAAUGUUCCCUUUUAAUCCUAUUAAGACUUACAAAAUAUAAGUAUUAUACUUUACUUGUAUAUAUACAUAUGUGAUAAAAAAUAUAUAUAUAUAUACACCUGG